AUGGUUCCAGUUGCGACCUCACCACCUGGACUUAUCUCGAUGAAGUCUCGAGUCAUCAACAAGUUUUAUGAGCCCCUGGUUCUUCUGAAGGCAAUGAACGAUGAGAUGACAAACCUGGCCGAAUUCGUCGACCCAGAUGAUCUCAACUAUCGCGGAGAUGUGAAGAGAAUCUUCCAGGCCUUCAUAUACAAGCUAGCUCAUGUUUGCGACAGUACCCCGGGCAACGGGGGCGGUACCGUUACCUCAAUCAUGUUGCUUCACGGUUCCGAGGCAACAAAUGUUGAGUAUCAUCUUGCAUCGAAUCAGCGAAUUGCAGAUGAUCUCAAGAACGUCAGGGCAUACAUCCAAUAUCUACUUGAGCGAUUGAACAGAGCAUCAACGUCAGAAAGGACCUCAGAGCUGCGUAAGGACUUGCUAAACGCAGUACUCUGGUUCAACAGACCCAGAAUCAACUCCUACAUCGUCAGACUUAAGAAAGAGAUACAACGCUGCAUCGAUGAUGCUCGAAAUGUUGAAUCAGUCAUUGAAUCCCUAACAAGCACUCUCGGACUGCUUGAAUUUCACGACGACAGGAUGGCCACUCAAUCUCAUUCCUCCGAGGUCUGGGUAUACAUCGACCAACAAGCGACAGGAGUUCGUUUGAAUGGAGUCACAAGCAACUCCUCUUCUUACUGGCCUGAGAUACGGCAUAUGGUUAAUCGUCUUCUGGCAUAUUGUAAGGACAUCGAGUUCUUCCUUCUUGCGAAAGACAACUGGCCUGAGAUAUUUCGAAACUUCGAGAUCUUGAUUCACCCAUCCAGUCACCCGCUCUCGCGACCAGGACGGAACAAAAGUAUGACCGCCGAAGGCAUUGUCGGUCGCAUGACCCGCAAAGAAGACAUCAUCGAAAAGUUUAGGGAAUUCGUUCAAGACCUGCAAAUCAUGCACUUGGACCAAAGAAUUCAAACAGAAUACCAAAAAGACAACUUUCAUCCAAUUGUCCACUCGGAGAUUUUGCUGCUUAAUCACCUCGAGAAAACAGCGGGAGGCGUUUCCCCUGACAGGUUCUUCAAUAAUUGGAUGUACAUUGGCAGCAGCAAGCCAACCUGCCGGCUCUGCGAGUACUACUUCGAGGAGCACCGGUCUGGCGUCGGGCAUCGAAGCAGUCACAAGAACCUUUAUAUCAGCUGGCGCGUUCCUGAUGUACUCCAAUCCGAAGGUCACGGAGGCGAAGAGAAGCGACAAGUUAUGGUCGAUAGGUUGCUUUUGAGGAUUCGCAAAGAUGCCUUCAAUCUCGUGGAGAAAAAGGUGAGGCCGACAUUCAGGAACCACGAUUCCAUCACGUCAUCCGUCAGCAUGACUCUGCAUGGGAAAUGGAGCGAGGCUUCCGACAUAUCUGAUGUCAUGGCCUCAAUGGGAAGUCUGCAAUUGAACACCGAGGGAGAUACUCACCGUUCCAUGAAUCACAGCAACAUCGUCAAAUUCUACCUAGGACCAAUGCGCGUAUACUUUGUACAGGGGGGAGAAAGUGUGCAAGCCAUGUUUCGAUCAUCUACCAGCAUCAGCUCGAAUAAGUUCAUCCUACUGGUCAUGAGAAACCUGCAAGGAUCCGCCCAAAAAGAUGUCGACAAGUUCGCAAACGACCUCUCGGGGCGGCAAAGAGUACCUGCACCCGGCUACGAAAACACACCGCAAGAGGAGCGAUAUUGGUACACUUUGCAUCACAUUACCGUUGAACAUCUAUCACGCGCAGAGCCCACCGCUCAUUUGGCAGAGACUUACACAAACUUCUUUAACGAGGCUUUGGAAAAGCAGCCUGUGGGCCAGUGGGCGACUGUUCGUCUUUUGGAAUUCUUGAAGAGGGAAAUGUGUGCGAGCGCCAUCAGGUCAUUCUGCGGCACCGAGUUAUUGGAGAUGUUUCCGGACUACGUCGAGCAGUUCUGGCGUUUCGAUAGCAUCGCUUUUCAGGUUGUGUAUGGGCUACCAAAGUGGAUCAACAGCGGUCCGAAUUUGAUUGGGACGGUUCUGCGGUGGAUUGAUUCCAUCUGGGAGCCCACGUUCGGAUCAAGCUACGUUCGCAAGAUGACCAAAUGGCUUCACGACACAGAUAUGGCUCCGGAGACUCAAGCCGGUUUCUACAUGAUUGCGAUCUUUGGAAUAAACGCGAACACAAUACCAAUCACCACCUGGGCGAUGAUUGAGCUCUUGCGAGAUCAGAAGCUGUUCCAAGCAGUUCGCAGCGAGGCCCUUGAGACCCUUAAUGUGGAUCCCGUUACCGGGAAGCGGUCCUUUAACGUAUCCAAGCUCAUCUCAAUGCCGCUGAUGCAGUCUAUUUAUACGGAGUGCAUGCGUCUUCAUGUCUCCAUUGCGCUCUCCAGAGAAGUCGUCGAGACGACCACGCUCCACGGCUUCCGCUUAGAGAAAGGCUCAAUAAUUCAGGCCCCGACGCAUUUUGUGCACUUGGACGAGCAGAUAUGGAGCCAGGAAGGACAUUCUGCUUCUGAGUUUUGGGCAGAAAGACAUCUAAAGCAUGUGAAGAAAGUAGAAGAAGGUACUGAUCGACUUACCACCGAAAAGCAGUUUGUAUUGGCGGGAAAGACCAAUGAGUUCAUCCCGUUUGGUGGUGGACCAUCCAUGUGUCCGGGGCGGUUCUUUGCCAAACAAGAGAUUCUUCUCACAAUCGCCAUCCUUGUCACAAAGUUCGACAUGGAGUUUGUUGAGUGGACAAAUUUGGACGGGUCCAAGUCUGAUCGACCCCCUGUGGAUGAUGAGCGGUACUUUGGUACAGCUGCUGUACCUCCGGAUCGCGAUGUCAAGGUACGGUGGAAGAAACUCUGGUGA